AUGAUUUACGAUGUAAACUCCGUUCUCUUCAAAUCCUUUCUCAGCUCUAAGUUCUCUGCGGACAAAAGGAGAGUCGAGGACAGGCCAAGAGAACAGAAGCCCAAAGCCAGCGACAACAAACCUGUCAUGAAUGAAUAAAACAAUCAUUUGUUAACGUCUUGUUCAUGUAAUAUUUUUGUUCUGAGGAUGUUUUUAAUUUUAAUGGUUAUUUAGUUUA